AUGGCCAAUUAUCCCGAUGGGUACUUCAACUCGGACCAAGGUUACAAUGAGUCCUACCCUCAAAAUGGGAACCAUCUUACAAUUCCGCAUAAUAGCAAUAAGAUCACGCCGCCCAGUACCAUUAUCUCAUUCAAGGAGGACGACAGGUCGAGCACAAGCUUAGAAGUAGCCACGGCUGAUGGGACAGACAAGAAGCCCCGAGCAAAUGAGGGCUUCGAGCCCGAGGGAGACACCGAGAUUGAAAGCAAGGAAGAGACUGACAGAAAAGCGGAAACCAUGACCGAGACCAAGUUGGAAGAGGAUAUCUUCAACCUCAGGGACCACGAAAGGCCCCGACUGAUUCGUGUUCACAGCUCCGACACUGAGGAUCAAGAGCUUGACGACGAUAAAGAUACUUCAGUAUCAGACAAACAGAUAAAGUCAAAGCAAAUGUCCGAGCCCGGGUCAGAGUCUAAGUCAACAAAAUCACCUCGACCCGUUCCAACUCUGGCACAGGUAGCAGGAGAAGUCGACGAAGACUACACGACCCCUGAGCCCACAUCAGAGUCCGACACGACGCCUGAGACCACUCCCGACACGAAGGAGGAAGCUCCUCGCACAGACAACAUGCUUGACGAGUGCUACGAUCUCAGUGACUGCGACAGCAACUCAAGCCCGUACAACUGCAAUCGCAAAUCCACCGACGAGGAUUACCAGCUGCGAACCGGAAAGACUAUCGGGGAAUACAUUCGAAGAGGAGUCGAGGAUCUUCAAGGCGACUACCCUCAGGAACUGAUGGACGUCGUAGCGCGCGAGAUAGCGGCGGAGGAGCAAGAAAAGGAAGAAAAGAGAAAAGAUUUGUAG